AUGACGACCCUACAUUGUGAGGAUCCCGGUGACCUUCGCGCUACUCGACAUCAACAUCGAUUAGAAUCAGACUUUGCUAACCUCUGCUUAGACUUGCCCCCGGUGAAGCCAUCCGCCAUUGCGAUGGGUACCUUCUUCACCCAUACCGCUUCUUUGGGUAUCCUUGCUCCCGUCUUUGGCGACACCUACCAUCGCGCCCAGGCCGCCAACUCGAAGGAAGAGUUCAUCAAAUCAAAAGAAGCCGCCGGUGCCGCCGCUGCAUGGGGAAGCUCCCUCGUGGGAAGUGCGGUCCAGACUUAUGGAGUGGCCGCAUUGAUCAACGCAACUGGCACCCUAAGCUACAAGGGGGCGGCGUAUCUUGGCACCCUGAUAUUCUUUGCUAGCUCUGCUCCCAGUUUCGUCAGCCAGCUCUUUGCCGAGAAGCGGCCUCUUGAUACCAUUGCGGUUGGCGCUGUCUCCCGUGUGUUCGAGACCGUCGGGCUUAGUUUGUUCCUGACUUGGUGGGGUACUCGUACUCACCCAUUUGAUUAA